GCUCUGCACAGCUCUUAGGGCCAGGUCGGCGCGAGAGCUGCGGACACUGUCGUCGCUUUGGUGCCUGUCACUUCUUCUUCUGUCGCCGCGUCCUCCGCCAGCAACCCUGACCGCCGUCAUGAACCCCGACCUGCGCAAGGAGCGGGCCGCCGCCACCUUCAAUCCCGAGUUGAUCACGUACAUCUUGGACGGCAGCCCGGAGCAAACCCGGCGCCGCCGAGAAAUCGAGAACUUGAUUCUGAACGACCCAGACUUCCAGCAUGAGGACUAUAACUUCCUCACUCGCAGCCAGCGUUAUGAAGUGGCGGUGAAGAAGAGUGCCAUCAUGGUGAAGAAGAUGAGGGAGUUUGGCAUCUCAGACCCCGAAGAAAUCAUGUGGUUUAAAAACUUUGUGCACCGAGGGCGGCCUGAGCCUUUGGACCUUCAUUUGGGCAUGUUCCUGCCCACCUUGCUUCACCAGGCCACCGCAGAGCAGCAGGAGCGCUUCUUCAUGCCGGCCUGGAAUUUGGAGAUCACGGGCACUUAUGCCCAGACAGAGAUGGGUCAUGGAACUCACCUUCGAGGCUUGGAAACCACAGCCACAUACGACCCCAAAACCCAAGAGUUCGUUCUCAAUAGCCCUACUGUGACUUCUAUUAAAUGGUGGCCUGGAGGGCUUGGGAAGACUUCCAAUCAUGCCAUAGUGCUUGCACAGCUCAUCACCCGAGGGGAGUGCUUCGGUUUACAUGCCUUUGUUGUCCCUAUUCGUGAAAUUGGGACCCAUAAGCCUUUGCCCGGCAUCACUGUUGGGGACAUCGGCCCCAAAUUUGGUUAUGAAGAGAUGGAUAAUGGCUACCUGAAGAUGGAUAAUUACCGUAUCCCUCGGGAGAACAUGCUGAUGAAGUAUGCCCAGGUGAAGCCUGAUGGCACUUACGUGAAGCCCUUGAGUAACAAGCUGACGUACGGGACCAUGGUGUUCGUCAGGUCUUUUCUCGUGGGCGAUGCAGCCCGGUGUCUGUCCAAGGCAUGCACCAUUGCUAUACGAUACAGCGCGGUGAGGCGCCAGUCUGAAAUCAAGCCAAGUGAACCGGAACCACAGAUUUUGGACUUUCAAACUCAGCAGUAUAAACUCUUUCCACUCCUGGCCACUGCCUAUGCCUUCCAGUUUGUAGGAAGAUACAUGAAGGAGACCUACCUUCGAAUUAAUGAGAGCAUUGGCCAAGGGGACCUGAGUGAGCUGCCUGAGCUUCAUGCCCUCACUGCUGGCCUCAAGGCUUUCACUACCUGGACAGCCAAUGCUGGGAUCGAAGAAUGCCGAAUGGCUUGUGGUGGGCACGGCUAUUCUCACAGCAGCGGAAUUCCAAAUAUCUACGUCACUUUUACCCCAGCCUGUACCUUCGAGGGAGAGAACACUGUCAUGAUGCUGCAGACAGCCAGGUUCUUGAUGAAAAUCUAUGACCAGGUGCAGUCAGGGAAGUUGGUGGGUGGCACAGUGUCCUACUUGAAUGACCUACCCAGUCAGCGUAUCCAGCCACAGCAAGUGGCAGCCUGGCCAACUCUGGUGGACAUCAACAGUGUGGACAGCCUGACUGAAGCCUACAAGCUUCGUGCAGCCAGAUUAGUAGAAAUUGCUGCCAAAAACCUGCAGACUCAUAUGAGUCACAGGAAGAGCAAGGAAGUAGCGUGGAACUUAACUUCUGUUGACCUUGUCCGGGCGAGUGAGGCACAUUGCCACUACGUGGCGGUUAAGCUCUUUUCAGAUAAGCUCCCGAAGAUUCAAGACAAAGCGGUUCAGGCUGUCCUGAGGAAUCUGUGUCUCUUAUAUUCUCUCUAUGGGAUCAGCCAGAAAGGAGGAGAUUUUCUUGAGGGGAACAUCAUCACAGGGCCUCAGAUGGCGCAGGUCAACAGUCGGAUCCUAGAGCUGCUCACACUGAUCCGCCCCAAUGCUGUCGCUCUGGUGGACGCCUUUGACUUCAAAGACAUGACUCUGGGCUCUGUUCUGGGCCGCUAUGAUGGGAACGUGUACGAGAACUUGUUUGAAUGGGCCAAGAAAUCCCCUCUGAACAAAACAGAGGUCCACGAAUCUUACUACAAGCACUUGAAGCCCCUGCAGUCCAAGCUUUGA